CUUUAGUUAGAGUGGCGCUGAUACUUCGGCUCGGUGCGUUGGUGAAAGACCCAGAACGCUUCGGUUUUCGAACCAUUCAACUUCUUCGGGCUUAGCAAGAGUUUAAUUGAGCAGUGGUGUUCUAGUCGGUUCGAGUGUUCAAAAAUAUUAUCAUAAACAUUGAUGGUUGUUAAAAAAUAAAAAAAAGAUUUUAAAGUGAGUUUUCAGUUUUGAAUUUUUUGGAGCUUUUUUGGAUUAAGUCCUUCAUUUAAACAAAAAAAUGGGGUUAAGAUGUGUGGACGAUUUAUUGAAUAAGGCGUUCUUCAGACUGGGUCUUUUCGUUGGAAAACAUCCAGGUUACUUCAUAAUAGUGCCGGUGUUAGUGACAUUACUGUGUGUUACUGGUUUUCAACGAAUCAAGUACAAUAUAGAUCCGGAGUAUCUUUUCAGUCCGAUUAACGGUGACGGGAAACACGAGAGGGCGGUUGUUGAAAAACUUUUUAGUGUUAACUAUACUAGUCAGUUUAAUGUUGCCAGAAUUACAAGAGCCGGUCGAUUUGGUAGAGUAAUAGUAACAUCGAACGAUGGAAACAAAAAUAUGCUUCGAAUGGAAAUUUGGAAAGAAUUGCGCCGUUUAGACGAGAUAAUUCAAAACACAACCGUUUACUUCGACGACGAAUACUACACAUAUCAAGAUAUUUGUGCAAAGUGGGGAAACGAAUGCUUCAAAAACGACAUUUUGAAUCUAGAUAAUGUUUUAGAAGAUGUAAUUAAAGGAGAACUCAAUUUAACAUUCCCCUUAAUGUUAAAUCCGGUAACUUGGGACACUCACGUCUUUCCAUUGUAUUUUGGUGGAACCCAAUUAAAUGAAGAUGGAUUUAUAAGAAGCGUUCCAUCCGUUCAAUUGGUUUAUUUUGCGAAUGUUGACACGAAAAAGUUGGAUGCAAAAGGAGGAGCUUGGGAAGAAGUAUUUCUAAAAAUCGUCCAAAAAGAACAAAACGCUGGAACUUUUAAGCAUAUCAGAAUAGCACUUUUUGCAUCAAAAACUUUGGAUCACGAAUUAGAAAAGAAUACUCGAUCAGUAAUCCCAUAUUUUUCAUCAACGUUUAUUAUUAUGGCUAUUUUCUCAGUUGUAACUUGCAUGAUGGCCGAUUGGGUCCGAUCCAAACCAUGGUUAGGUCUUUUAGGAAAUAUCAGCGCUACAAUGGCAACUUUAUCAGCAUUCGGGCUCUGUAUGUACAUAGGAGUUGAUUUCAUUGGUAUUAAUUUAGCUGCCCCAUUUUUAAUGAUUGGAAUUGGCAUAGAUGAUACAUUUGUAAUGUUAGCCGCAUGGAGACGAACAUCAAUAAAAGAUGGGGUACCGAGAAGAAUGGCCCAAAUGUUGAGUGAAGCAGCCGUAUCAAUAACAAUAACAUCAAUUACUGACAUGGUUAGCUUCUUCAUCGGUGUAUUUAGUCCAUUCCCAUCGGUAACGAUUUUCUGCUUAUAUUCAGGAGUGGCCACGAUCUUCACCUUCUUCUGGCAUUUGACCUUCUUCGCCGGUUGCGUCGCCAUUUCCGGCUACUGCGAACAGAAGAACUUACACUCGGUGCUUUGCUUCAAAGUCGACCCGGUCUCAAAGUCAAAGCACCGCAAUUGGUUCUACAGAGUAUUUUGCAGUGGAGGUGUUGAUCCUGAAGACAUAAACAAUCCUUUAGACAACAAAGAACACGGUUUCAUGGUAUUCUUCAGAGAUUCCUUUGCAAAGUUCCUCAACAACGGACUAGUCAAAACGCUAAUAAUUUUCAUCUUCGGUUUCUACCUCCUUGGUGCUUUCUAUGGAGUUACUAAAAUUGAAGAAGGAUUGGAACGAAGAAAAGUUGCCAAAAAAGAUUCCUACGCUAUCGAAUUUUUCGAUCGAGAAGACGAUUAUUAUAGAGAAUUUCCUUAUAGGAUUCAAGUUAUUGUUGAUGGCGAAUACGAUUAUUCUGAUCCCCACGUACAAUUUAUGGUGGAAAAUUUGACGCAAACGUUUGAAAAUACUUCCUACAUUUCUAAUCCGCUUUAUACCGAGUCUUGGUUAAGAAGUUUUUUGCAGUACAUUAACGCCAACGCAGAAUACUUAAAUGUGUCGAUAAAUACACCUACGGAGUUUAUAAAAGUCUUAAAAGAGCAUUGGCUUUAUCCGGCAAGUGCAUUUUCUUUAGACGUCAAGUUCAAUGAAGCCGGCGACAAGAUAAUUGGAAUGAGAUUUUUGAUCCAAGCCGUUAACAUAUCCGGCACCGAACACGAAAAGGAAAUGGUUAGAGCAAUAAGACAACUCUGUAAGGAUUCUCCUUUAAACGUUACUGUUUUUCAUCCUUAUUUUGUCUUCUUUGAUCAGUUUGAAUUAGUUCGUCCACUUUCCAUUCAAAACAUGAUCUUAGGAGCGAUUGUAAUGAUGAUAAUUUCAUUUUUAUUCAUUCCAAACAUUCUUUGUUCCAUCUGGGUGGCUUUUAGUAUAAUUUCAAUUGAAACUGGAGUAAUCGGUUACAUGGCUUUAUGGAAAGUAAAUUUGGAUUCGAUUUCGAUGAUUAAUUUAAUAAUGUGUAUAGGAUUCAGCGUUGAUUUUACCGCUCACAUUUGCUACGCUUACAUGUCAUCGAAAGCAAAACACCCAGAUGAAAGAGUUAAAGAGUGCCUUUACGCUUUGGGGCUUCCAAUUUUUCAAGGAUCUGUUAGCACAAUUUUAGGAAUGGUUGCGUUAUUAUUAGCUGAUAAUUACAUAUUUUCGGUUUUCUUUAAAAUGGUGUUUUUGGUAGUUUUUUGUGGAGCGAUGCAUGGAUUAUUUCUACUUCCGGUUUUAUUGUCGUUAUUUGGACCGGGUGCUUGUAGUAGAAGUAAUAAAUCAGAGAAAGAACUUCCAUCGAUAGAUAGCAACCUUCCAAGGCCGUAUUAUAUUCCACAUCCGCAAUUAACUUUAAACCCGAUGCAUUUAACGUCGAAUUUAAAACUCCAAAAUUUGCCGGAAGUUAAAAAAGAAAGGCGCUCCCGAGAAUUGGAUAAAGAUUUAGGUUUGGGAACCUCGGAAGAAAAUUCUAGCGAAUCCAGUUCGAAUAGAUCUAAUAAUAACAAUAAGAACGCUGUGCAAGAAGAAGAAAUGAUCGAAAGGAUUUAUAAGGAAAGAUGGAGGAGAAACUCUUUGUCUGAUUACCCUCAAUGCGAAUUUCAUUCAUCGCAAGUUUUGGAUCUUUACACUCCAGAUUGGGAAAACACCCGCGAAAGAAAUAUAUCGCAAUAUCGAAGCCAUCAUUACCAAAAACCACCACAUAAAAUUACCCCCGCUGAUUAUAGACGGAGGUAUUCGCCACCUGAACACGUUUAUUAUCGAAAUCCAAAUUUAGUUCGAUCAAAUUCUUAUCAAAACCUAAAUCCAUCGUUUAUUAAGGAAUUACGAUUUCCUUGACGAAUAAAAUAAUUUUUAGUAGUUGGUUAUAGAAAUUGAGUCUUUUAUCGUAUUUGUUUGGGAUUAGUAAAACUAGAGUAAUAAAUAAAGAAAAGAAGAAGACAGUUUAGUGAUUAAAAAACAUAUUUUUGUAAUAAUGCAACAUUAUCAGUGAUAAAAUUUGAAGUGCUAAAGAACAUUUACGGGUCGCUCUGCUAAGAAACGUGCCUUAGUGAAAAAAAGGUGUUAAUUUUUCAAUCGUGUUUAAGAAUAAAAAUGUCUCAAAUAUUUUUAUUUAAGUUAUUAAUGUGUAGAGAAAAUGAAUACCUAUUUUAGUUUUUGAUAAAAUUUAUUAUAACUCGAUUCGAUUUACGAUUGCGAUAAUAUAGGAAUUAUUUGUCAUGUUUAUAGAAAAUCAAUAAAGAUGUGGC